GAUCCACAUUGGGGAGAUAGAGAGACAGAGAGCGAGAGAGAGAGUGAAGGAGGAAGAGGAAGAUGGUGUGUGUCCUGUCGGUGGCUGCCGGUGUGUGCUGGGCUGGGCUCAACGUGAAGAUGCAGCCAUGGGGGAUCCAGGAGGCUCCACUCCUUUGUGCAGCAUGAGCCAUGAGCCAAAGUCACCAUCGUUAGGAAUGAUCUCCACGGCGACCCGUACCACGGCGACGGUCAGCCCACUCACCCCGUCGCCUCUCAACGGCUCCAUCGUAGCCAAUGGAAGCCCAGCCACCCAGUCUGCUCACUCUGGAUUUGCUGCAGCCCUCCGUAAACUGGCCAAACAGGCUGAAGAACCUCGAGCUGCAUCUUCCAUCAGCAGUGAGUCCUCUCCAGUGUCCUCCCCAGCCACCAACCACAGCUCUCCAGUCAGUACUCCCAAGAGGGGUCCCCUCGGUCCGGGGCCUGUCCUGGUUCCCCCUGCGGGUCACAGCGUGCCAAACACUCCACCAGUAGUCACCAUUGCUCCAACAAAGACUAGCAACGGCCUCUGGAGGAACGAGGGACGCCAG